AUGGAGGACAAGGAGGUGGCUUGCCGCAGCCUGUUUAUAUCAGCUGAUGAUGCAAACAACGUUAUUAAUAGACAGAGGCGUGCCAGUUCCCUACUUUUGGAGGAGGUCCUCCAAGGCAGCUUGGAAAGGGAAUGCCUUGAAGAGAGAUGCACACAAGAAGAAGCAAGAGAAGUAUUUGAAAAUGAUGAAAUGCUCAAAAUGUUUUGGGAUGCCUACCACGUUCGGAGAGACGUAGCCCAUUCCUUUCCGAACUGCUUUCGGCAACGCUCGCCGCCGGGGAGGGGGCUGGAGGACAGCAUCCGCGGCUACACCUGCACCUGCGCCGAGGGCUACGAGGGAGAGAACUGUGCUUUCGCUAAAAACGAAUGCCACCACCAAGCGAAGGAGGGAUGUCACCACUUCUGCUACCCGGGAAGUACUUCUUACCGCUGUUCCUGUGCUGAUGGCUACGAGCUCGGGAAGGACAACAAACAGUGCAUUGCGUUAGAUCAUUGUGCAUGUGGCAGACUUCAAGACAAUAAUAAUCUGAUAAGUGAAACCAGGAAGAAACGUGAUGAGCGAUUUCCUUGGCAGGUCCUGCUGCUAAACUCCGAAGGGAAGGGCUUCUGUGGAGGAGUGCUGCUAAAAAGUAACUUCGUACUGACUACAGCGGAGUGUGCCCUUCUGCACAGCCACUUCGAAAUCGGGGUUGGUGCUGGGCUGAACGGAACAAGUGGAACUGAGAAGACAAUGCAAGUCAGCGAGAAGCACAUUCACAUCCGGUACGACGAAGACACCGGUGAGAACAACAUUGCACUACUGAAACUCCAAGGGCACGUCGAGUGCAGCAACCACCAGCUUCCUGUGUGCACCCCUGAAAGAGACUUUGCAGAACACGUUUUAAUUCCAAAAUUGGCUGGUACAGUCAGUGGCUGGAGAAUGGAAGGCGAUGAACUUCACGAUGAUGAGCUGCAGGUUUCAUACCUUCCUGCCGAGGACUGCAAACAAACACUCAACGUCAGCCUCACCAACAGGCAGUUCUGUGGACACCUCCAGGAGGCCGUGGACAAACAACUGGCAGGAGGAAGCUUUCUGGCUACCAAGUAUAAGGGCACUUGGUUUCUGACCGGUAUCCUGGGAUCUUGGCCACUAGAAGACACCGACCGGGAAACAUUUCUAUUCACUAACACUGCGAGGUAUAUGAUAUGGUUUAAACAAAAAAUGAAAUAA